UUCCACUGAAUGCGUCUGAUGUAGUGAGCUGUAGCUCACGAAAGUUUAUGCUCAAAUACAUUUGUUAGUUUCUAAGGUGCCACAAGUCCUCCUUUUCUUUCUGCUAGCUGUGUAAUUCAGCUGUGGAGGAGACGGGCCUUGAGAGAUCAGACUGCUGUCCAGUAAUUUCAGCCUCAAACUUCAUCUAUCUUUGAAAUUGUUAGAAUGUCCUAAUUAAAAAUAAAAUAAGAUUUUUUUUUAAAAAAUCCACCUUUUUUUAGUGAGGGGGGCAAAAAUACCCACCAUUUUUAUGUCACACCAACAAUAACAUGAGUGCUCCGUGCUACUCCAUGACUAGAGCUUCUAGGCCUAGAGAAAUAAUAAUGGUAAGAUCUAAAUAGCCAGGCACAUGUUCCUGUUUCUAUUGUCCCUUGUGAGUCCAGGACUUGGGCAGAGAAAUUGAUGUAGUUUAGGUCAGAAUGGCUUCAGCUCUGUCCAAAAUAUGGGGAAGGAAGAGUGUGAAUUGAUUUGCUGUCUGACAAAGAGACACUUCCUGUGGGAGAAAAAAGAGGGACCUGACCUGGGCUAUAGUACUAAUUUUUUUUUUUUACCUGGCUUUAAUAUGAUUUUGCCUCAUCUACACAGCCUGGGCCAACCUAGGUUAGCCUCAACAGAGUUUAACAGCUGUGCAGCAUGGUGGUGUUUGCAGUGUAGAAGGGCCUAAUGAAACAUCUCUCACAAUACGUACAGCUGAUUGUAUUUCAGACUAGACUGGACAAAACCCUGGGGAAUAUGCUGUUAAGGUGCAAUCCUGUGGUGGAUGAAGGAGCUAAGACUAUGUAGCCUGGAGACUGUUCUUUCUCCCAUUGAAGUCAGUGGCAAAAAUGCCCAGUGCUUCAAUGAGAGCAGAGCAAGGAGACUUGAUCAAUUCACUAUACUGAUGUUCCUUACUAUAACCCCUAACCACUAUAAACAGUGCAACAUAGCCUGGCUUGUUCCUCAGUGCUAGAUGUCUUAUUACUUUGCUUUUAUAUCAAGUAUCUUUGGAAGAAAAAUAGGACAUAUAGCAUUUUCCCAGAAUUAGUAGCCUGGUUGAGAGGCAGGCUUAGUAUUGACUUGCUCUUCAAGGCUUUGUGAUUGUAGAUCUUAGAUCUGGCCAGCCCAGUUCUGCUUAUCACCACUGUUGUAUUUGCAUGAUACAGGUGACUUUUAAGGAGAGGAUCUGGCGUCUCUGGAAUGCCCUCUAGAAGAAAGAUGUUUGUUCUUUCCUAUUUAACUCCCAGAUAGACUGAUUUCUACCCAGGCUCUUCCAGCUUGGGGAAGGCAGGUCAGAUGCUGUGUCCCAGAGUGGAUGUCACUGGGGUGUCAUGGUUCACAGUUGUUUUCAUGACUCUCCCCUCCCUGCACUCAUGGUGCUGUUUUUCCUCCCUUCGGAAUCCUAUUUAAAAAAAAGUUAGGCAGAAUCUCUGCUAUAUGGGUAAGCAUGAUGGUAUCCACCCUUUCCUUCCCAAUUCCUGCCCUUCCUAGAGUGAAGAGGUCCGUCGCAUGUGUCAGGCUAGAAGGAUAGAGCAAAGUAAUUAGAGAAAAUGCCUGUUUUAGUGACUACGCUGAUUAGGAAUUGUGGGAAGUGGAGAAGAUGAAAUGCACCUCUUGGGGGAGGACAGGAUGUCUCCAUAAUCUGAAGGUCACUCAUUGGAACCUCUGCCAAACUAGGAUUUCUGGCACAGCAAUUGCCACCUCAGCACAAAGUUAAUCUUCCCAAGAGUGUGUUUGUUUAAUGUUAUGUGCCUAAGGCAGUGAAACAUACCGUGAUCAUUAAAGAAAUCCACAGCCCAACAAGUACCUGUUAGAAUGGAGGGAUGAAAAGUGGGUCUGUUAGCAGAGAGCUCCCCCACUCACCCUUCCUUGUAAGCCCUGGAAAGGAUCCCAGUUUUCCAGAAGAAAGAACUGCUCUGUGUAUGAGAGUUUCAGGAAGCUCCUGGAAGGGUAAACCCUGAAUGCUAAAGGGUCAGCAGAUGACACCGAGCUGUAUCUCUCCUCCUCCCAUCAGUGAGAGUGUCCAUCCGCUGACUCCUGCUGCCAGCAUGUGGAAAAAAAUCCUACCUUCCUAAAUUCACUCAUCCUGUCUGCUCACUUUCACAGUGCUGGCUGUGGCUUGAAACCACAUGAAGGGGAAUUUUGUUGAGAUUAAUCCUGGAUUAGCUACAGCAAGCUGACUGCUAAAGCUUUAUCUAGCAGAGGCAGGAUGUCCCAGUCCGUGACGUCUGUGGUGAGGUUCUCCACGUACAACAAUAUCACCCACUCUGCUGCCACUGCCCUGGUUAUGGACUCAGAUAAUGUAACGGCUCUGCCACAAACAACAACACGGGCAAUCAACGACACCAACAUCACUGUCCCACACAAGUGCCUGCUCUUGUUAUAUGAAGACAUUGGGAAGUCCAGAGUCCGCUACUGGGACCUUAUGCUUUUGGUUCCCAAUGUACUUUUCUUUGUCUUUCUUCUCUGGAAACUGCCCUCUGCCAGGGCCAAGAUCCAUGCCACCUCCAGCCCCAUCUUUACUGCCUUCUACAUACUAGUGUUUGUGGUGGCUUUAGUUGGGAUUGCUCGUGCUGUUGUCUCCAUGACAGUCAGUGCCUCUGAUGCUGCCACAGUUGCUGAUAAGAUCCUGUGGGAGAUCACAAGAUUCUUCCUCCUGGCCAUUGAACUGAGUGUGGUGAUUCUAGGCCUUGCCUUCGGUCAUCUCGAGAGCAAGUCCAGUGUCAAGCGUGUACUGGCGAUCACCACAGUGUUGUCCCUGGCUUACUCUGUUACCCAGGGGACACUGGAGAUCCUCUACCCUGAUGCUCACCUCUCAGCGGAAGACUUCAACAUCUACGGCCAUGGAGGAAGGCACUUCUGGCUCGCCAGCUCUUGUUUCUUCUUUCUGGUCUAUUCCUUGGUGGUGAUUCUUCCAAAAACUCCCCUGAAAGACCGGAUUUCUCUUCCAUCUAGGAAGAGUUUUUAUGUCUAUGCUGGAAUUCUCGCUCUGCUGAAUCUGGUGCAGGGCUUGGGCAGCACCCUUCUCUGCGUGGAUAUCAUAGAAGGAUUGUGCUGUGUUGACGUCACCACGUUCCUCUACUUCAGUUUCUUUGCACCUCUCAUUUAUGUGGCAUUCCUGAAAGGCUUCUUUGGGUCUGAGCCUAAGAUCCUUUUCUCCUACAAAUGCCAAGUGGACGAGCCUGAGGAUGUAGAUGUGCACCUCCCCCAUGCCUAUGCUGUGACCAAGAAAGAUGGCGUGGAUUCCAGCUUCUACUCCAGCACCCAGAUCGACACCACAGCCUACCUGGAUGACGUCGCCUCAAUGCCCUACCAUGUGGGCAGUGUCAACAGCAUUGACAGUGACCGCUGGAAAGCCAUCAAUGCCUAAAGCAAUCCAGACUUCCAGCAUGAUGCCACCCUCCCGGAUUACACAGCUGCUAGGAUGUGCAUCACAGACUGGUUCUCAGUCACUUGGUGUGGCUUUUCCCUCUUCCCCUGGGCUUUUAAAAACCCAUCAUGGAACAAAACAGCUCCAGCCCUCCCAGAAAGACCUUUUGUAUCUUCAUGUGAUAACAGCCUAGAUCAGCUUUGUUCAUAAAUAUCUAAAUGCUGAACCUUCCUGAUCCUUGGUGUUCCAGAUGUAGCUGUGACCCAGAAGAUGGGCCUGGCUGGCACCCAAUCCUUUUCAGUGACUGAAAACCCUUGUGUAAUUGGGAGGGGAGUGGGAUUUUGGGGUCGGCGAGUUGAGAUUGGCUUCUCCAUGGCGCAUAUGUGCGAAGCAUUCAGUACCUGGAGCCAAAGGCACUUUCAUGCGCUGUCUCAACAGAUCCCAUUUCCCAAGUCAUACUGCAUGUAUUGUAGGAAGAGUGCUGUCUGGAGAGAGGAAGCCUGGGAGAGCAGGGCUACUUCCCAAUUCCAGCAGAUACUGAUGGAAAUUAUGAACUGUAGUAAAAUGGGAAUUACAAGGAGUGUUUUGGGCGUGUAUGGGAGAAGGCUCACUGAGGAGCAAACUGUUAAAUGUGCCCUGUGACCAUUACAGGGGCACUGUCUGGGAUCUGGCAGAUCAGCUAUAUCUUGGGUCAAGGAAAGAGACUUUUAAAGAGCCAGCAUUGCUGUCUGUUGGAGAGAGAGUGGCUAUGGAAGGGUCUCUGAAGACCAUGCUUAUGCGUAACUGAACUCGUACUGUGAACUUGCGGUGACAAGCGGCUAUGUAUUUUACACUGAAUUAGGGUUGAAUUUUAAGAAUAAAAUUGGCCAAGUGUGAGGUUUUUCAGAUCUGCACUCUGCUUUACAAUCCUGGCUGAAUUCCAGAGCUCUAAGAGGGCUGUAGAGGAGGAAGCUUUUUGGCUCUGAAGAUGAAGGCUCCAGAGGAGUUCAGAUGGUUGAGGCAGAGCAGAAGCCCCAGAUGAGUCCUGGCUGCCAAUGAACAAUAACUGGUGAACUCUAGGAAGCCACCAGAGUGCUAGGAUCAAGGUGACUAGUGUUUUAGGUUGGGUGGUAGAUGGGAUGCAGGCAGAUGGGCAAACUGCUACUACUUCUGUGGCAGCUUCCUUCUCCUGACCUGUGAUGCAUUACAGCUUGCAGCCUAGCACAGUCACACUGGCCUAAACAGAUUUUAUAGCUGGAUGUAUUGAAAUUAUUUCCUUGCACUUCGAACGUGGUUCUUUUAAAGACUAUCCAGGACCUUGCCAUUACCUUUCUCACAGUGAAAGAACAACUUGCAUCUCUCCAAUCUGGCAUGGCUUUCCUGGACCUCAUCAUGGUCCAAACACCUGGCUGUUUCACUGAAAGCUGCAGCAGCCAGUCUUGUGGCACCUCUGUGGUUGGUUUGUAUUCACUGAUGGCAAAUAAGUUUAUGCCUGUAGCACUGCGGGGGUGCAAUUCCGAUGGGGAUCUCUGGGGUGGUGGAGGCUCUGACAUAAGAAGUGGAUGCAUUCCAUUAGAGAUGGCCGGGUGAGAAUAUUUUAAACAUUUGAGGAUUAUGUGUGUCUCUCCUAUGACUGUUGUGCCUGGCAGCCAAAGAAAGCGAAGGAGCAAAGAUUUUAGGAACUGGUCAUCCUGUGGUGUGGUGGUGGUUUGAAUUAUGAGUGGGAGGGGGGAAAAAGUAACACAGCCAGCUUCCGGAAGUGCCCAAUGUGGGGUAGGGGAAACACCACUGGAGUGAGAACUGGAAGCUAGUGCAGGUCUCUGAAGCCAUGUAGGCAUCUUGUUUUUCUCCUCUUGUUAAGGAGCAGCACAGCCUCUCUAUGGCCACAACGUUCCACAGCCUUUGGAUUCUGCCCUGCUGAUCUGAAGACAGUGCUGUGACAUGACAGAAAAGUUGCUUUGGUUUAUUUUUAAAACUUUUAUCUACUUUUUUAAAAGAAAAACGUUUGUUUGCUCCUGUUGAGCUGUUCAUGUAGCUCCUUAGAGCCUUUUAAAUCCCCACUGCCUGCAAUGACACAGACAAGAGGAGGCUGAGACUGGUCUUCCUUUCUGUCAAGCUACUUGGCCAGGUCAGCCUUUUCCACACUAGGGAAAUAUUGCUAUUUCCUACCAUUGCGGACACCAGUUCAGCUCCACUGGUGUUAGCAAUGUGGGGAUCCUAGGAGAGGGUGCUUGAAACACUGCAUCUGUGGGUAGGGUUAGAUGGCAUGCUCCCUGAAAUCCUGGAAGCACUAGGCCACCAGGAUGGUUGACGCCACUGAAGUUGGACCAGCGUAGCAACGGCGGGAGAACUCUUGGAAAAAAUUCCCUAGGGCAGGCAGGGCUUUGCAGACAGGUUCAAGAGUGUUAGUCUUGUUUGUAUAGACCUAUCCCACCCCAAGGAGUAAAUGCUGAGACUCCUCAAGACCCUGAAAUUGAGGACUUUCUUGUUCGCCUGGGUGAUGUGAAGAACAGACUAUGAAUACAACCUAUUAUCUGCUAAAUCAAAUGCGAAAGGAUCAGCUGGGCAGAUGUUCAGUGUGUCCAUAAGUUCCCCUUCUCCAAGAUUCAGUGUUCCGCAAUAUCAUCUCUGAAUGUCCCACAUUGUCUUCUGCUGAGGAGCUUCUGCACUAGGUCUAGGACUGAUCUUCCUUCUGUUGUCUUUUUAUGUCUAUAACGUCUCUGAGACCAGCACAAGAUAUGGUCCAUGAGUAGAAGUGUGUGUGUGUUUUUGGGGGCGCUGGAGGGAGAUUAAAAAUAGAGUAAUGUAUAUUUUUGUUUGUAAAAUAAAUAAAAUGAAGUUUGGUAUAAA